AUGGACGUCCAUCUCCUUGUCUACGACCUGUCCCAGGGCCUUGCUCGCAACAUGUCCAUGGGCCUUUUAGGCUUCCAACUUGAUGCCAUAUAUCACACGUCCAUCGAACUCAAUGGGCGCGAAUACGUGUAUGAUGGAGGCAUUGUCUCCAUCAUCCCGGGGUCCUCCCACUUAGGCCGUCCUUUGGAGCGGUUACCCUUGGGGAAGACGGAAUUGCCCAUGGAUGUCGUACAAGAGUAUAUCGAGUCUCUACGGCCGAUAUUCACAGCUGAGGCCUAUGAUCUCUUCAAACACAACUGUAACAACUUUUCCGACUCGCUUGCGACAUUUCUCGUCGGGGAAGGCAUUCCGGACCAUAUCCUGCACAUGCCGCAAGCCGUCCUAGAUUCACCCAUGGGGCGAAUGCUCCUCCCGCAGCUUACCCAGAGCGUAAACGCGACCAGACAACGCGGGUCUAUCUUGGGCAUCCAAGACACCUCUCAAGCACCUCCUACCGCAGCGUUUGGCCAGCAAGGUGGGCGGGUGAGGGUUGUCAAUAACUUACAGGAGCUCGACACCUUACUGGACCAGGCGAAAGCAUCAUGCGCCGUCGUAUUUUUCACUUCGGCGACUUGCCCGCCCUGCAAGGCAGCGUACCCGCUAUACGACCAGCUUGCUGCCGAGGUUGGUGAGCGAGGCUACCUCAUCAAGGUGGACAUCGGCCACGCCUUUGACGUUGGCCAACGAUACUCGGUCAGGGCCACACCGACCUUCACCACGUUCCUCAAAGAUGGCGUGGCCCACGCACCCUCACAGGUCGUUGAAUCUCCCGACCUUCUCCGGACCUCCCCCAAACCAGUCCUCUACUCCAAGGUCCCGCCGGUGCCUAAACUACUAGCCAAAAUGGGCGCCGCAUCGCAGAACCCGGCGGUCGCGGAUCUCACCCGCUUUAUAGCAUCCCGGGAUAAGGAUGGCCCGGCAUCUGCAACGUUGCCCGAUGUCAAGGCGGUCGCUUCCUUUAUCCAAGAAUCGGUAGAAACGUUACCCAUAGAGGUGUUGUUCUCCGUCGUCGACCUAUUCAGGUGCGCCCUUGCAGACGCCCGGAUGAGCGGGUUCUUUGCGGAAGAAGCGGAGCACAAAACCGUAGCUAGCAUUCUCACCAAGGUGAACGAGUCGACGUCCUGCCCUUAUGCCUUGAGGCUCGUUACCCUCCAGAUGGCACAGAUUAUUGAGCUCAUCUCAUCGAGCUUCCUCGACGAUGCACAUAGCAACACGCGCGUGUCGGCAGCAUCGCUCAUGUUCAACGUUACUCUCGCUAAUGAGCAGGUAAGGCGAGGAGGCCAUGGGCACCCGCUACCGGAAGACGACCAAGUGGAGCUAGCAGCAUCGGUCCUCGAAGCGAUAGGGCAGGAGGACUCGUCACCCGAGGCCCUCCACGGCAUGUUGGCGGCGCUGGGUCAUUUGGUCUACGAGACACCGUUGGAUAGCGAACUCGCAGACCUCUUGAGGGCUUUGGACGCGGAAUCUACAGUCACUGCAAAGAAGAAGGUGUUUCCUAACCAGAACCUCGUCACGGAGAAGGAAACGCCAGGAGUUAGCAUUCGAAAUUUCGGAACCAUGGCGGCCAUUCCCAUCACCAUCGUCACGGGCUUUCUCGGCGCCGGCAAAACCACGCUCAUCUUGAACCUUAUCCCGCAGCUCAAGGAAACGAACCCGGACUACAAGCUCGCGCUUCUCAAGAACGAGUUUGGGGACUUGGCGGUGGACUCGCAGCUGGCCUCGUCCAACGCCAUCUCGGGCGUGCGCGAGCUCCUCAACGGCUGCAUCUGCUGCAACCUCGUCGGGCAGCUGGGCGAGGCUCUCGAGCAGCUGCGCGAGACGGUGACGCCGGACCGCAUCAUCGUUGGCGAGGAGACGGGGAGGUACACGCUCGACGGUGUCGUGAGCGUGAUUGACGUGGAGAACUGGGAGGGCUACGAAGACACGAGCUACACGGCGCGGAUCCAGGCGCGAUACACGGACCUGGUCGUCUUCAACAAGUGGGAGCCGUGCUCGGAGAUGAGGUUCGACAUCUGCCUGGACCGGCUGGGCGAUCUCGAGGUGGACGUGGCCUGGGUCAAGAGCAAGAAAGGCUGGGUUUCGGCGGAUCUGAUCUUUGGCGUGGAUGGGGCGCUCGCAAAGGACUUGGCGGAGCACCACGGCGAUGGAGCUGGCGAUGGCCACGAGCACGACCACGACCACGGCCAUGCGCACAAGCACAACCACCAAAGCGAGGUAGAGGUGCUCUCCGUCGAGGUCAGCAGUCCCGAAACAGGGUCGGCCAUUGACACGACCAAGCUCAUGUCGCUCCUCAAGGCGGCGCCCAAGGACGAGGUGUAUCGAAUAAAAUCCGUCCUCACGCUCUCCGCGGCCCCGCACAACUCGGACGACGACGAGAAGAUGCCGGCCGCGGCGAACCCGAGGGGCCGGUACAUCCUGAACUGGGCGUUUGGGCGCUGGACCUUCAACCCGCUCGCCGAAGAGGCGAGCGAGCACGAGUCCAGUGACAAGACUACGUUGAGGAUGACGAUGAUCUUUGCGCGAUACUCGAGCACCAAGUGGAAGAAGAAGUUGGAGGCCGGCGGGUUCUUGGAUCUGGAGGGCGACAACAAGGGCGAGUUGAAAGUCACAAAGAUAGCCUAA